ACACUUUUAAAUGAUUGUGGGGCAGUAAUAUCAAAAGAUUCUAUUUCGAAAGCAUUAUUAAGCGAUAAUGUGCAGCCAUAUUACUCUAGGCUGAAUACCGGACACAUUAUCAAAGCAAUAAAGGAUUUAUGAAAUUAUAGGUUCUACAGCAGUCCAGGGUAUCAAAGGUGGCUGCAUCUUUCUUUUGCAGGUAUGGCUGUAUUUGAUUUAAGCGAACUGCAAUGACCCCUGCUGUUCUAAAGGUUUGGUAUCUAGACGCCUUUGGAAACCCGGUAGUUGAUGAGGGAAGACUGUUGAGUGCUAGCUUUGUAGUCAUUUUGGACGAAUUGAUCUCAUUGUUUUUAAAACACCUUUAUUCAGCCACACUAGUAGGUGUUAGCGAGUAUGAAAAAUAAGGUUUUCUUAGCGAAAUGUAAACUCAUACGUUUUGUUGUCAAUUGAUGCCACUAAUUGAUCCGUGAUGACAAUUUUAAAAUCUCAAUUCACUAGAAAUUUAAUAGGAAGCAGUUCGUAAAAUUCCAGAAGAUGUAUCAGCCUAUUUCAUUAGCCAAAGGCGAACUAUUCUACUAAUACUUAGAAUUCGUGUCAGUAACCACAGUAGAUUUAUCCAGGAAGGGAAUAGAAAAGUAUGAACAAUUUAUAAAAAUUAAUUAACAUAGCCUCGGAAAUUCACUUCAGACAAUAAUCUGAAUUACAAAUAUGCUAUUCGUUAGCAAGAAGCGCUUAAAUCAAGUAGUGCGUGACUAUGUCGGAACGUUCGGAAAUGGAACAUGUGAGCAGAUUUAGUGCAGGCACGAUACCUCUGUCUGUGCUCAUUGAGUUUAUUUCACAAAAAGUGUAUACAGAUCUAAUGCGUCUUAUUGACUUGCUGCCAAGCAAAACUGAUCUUGAAAAAAAAAUUGAGAUUGCCACAUUCUUCAGUCGAACGCAGCAUAUAUUUAUUAGACUUGAAGCACUUGUGAAAUGGUCCAACAGUGCGUCGAAGGUUGACAAGUGUGAGAAAAUCUCCAACUUUUUAGAAGAACAAACAUUUUUCUUAAUUAGCACAGCUAAUGCUCUUUCCAGACUUCUCAGGGAAACACUUGUCAGUGCCAGAUUGCCUCCUUUUUCUGUGCUUAGUGCUAUAGAAGUUUUCACCAAAAAAGGAUACACUCGUCUUCCUAAGUCAAUUAAGAAUUGUGCUGUUGUUGAACAAUCGAUAAGUGAAAAAGAAAAGAAAGAGAUUUUAUUAAAUUUGAACAGUUUAAUCCAAACUCGUCUUAGCCUUAGUCAGAUACCAAAUCAAUUCCGAAAAAUAAAAAUAGCUAAUGGACGUGCGCAUUUUCUCGUUCCAAAUGAAUUCAGUGUAAGUUGA